AUGAAUGCCCACAAAAGGUGCCUGAGUGAUUUCAACGAGGGCGAGCUGGUUCGAUCCGUGCUGCCGUGCGAGCAUCGGUUCCACGUGGCGUGCAUUGAUCAUUGGCUCGCCUCCAAGACCACGUGCCCCGUGUGCCGAGCGGACCUCAAAUCGCCAGCGCCACAUGCGGGUGAAGGCGACUCGGAGGUGGCAGUGAAGGUGGAGAGAGGGGACGACGCUGUCUGA